UAACAGAAGCUUACUGUGUGAUAUGUUACUAUCGCAUGAAAACAAGAAAUUUGAAGAUGUUUUAAUAUGCUAAAAAGCAUUUAAAGUUCCUUAUGAGCAAAGCACAUUAAGAUUCAGUUCAAAGAAUGUCUGGAAAUGUGUCUGGUGGUUUGAGUGGCAAAUCCUUCUACCUGCAUGAUGUAAAAAGACAUCUGUCUGUCACACUUACUGACAUCAUCAGCCGUCUGGGAGGGAAGGUGGACAGUUUCCUCACUAAGGAUGUGAACGUGGUUGUGACGGGCAUUAAAGAAGCACAUAACGAUUUGCCUGUGGAUAGUUCAUGUGCUGCAGGGAGGAAACAAUCUGGAACUCCCAAACCUUUGGUUUGUGGCAGUCGUGGAAAAGCGUUACUGGAAAAAGCCAUCCACAGCAAUGACAAGAGUUGGAGCAGUGUGCUGGCUGAUGCUCGCUCAUGGGGAGUCAAGGUCUACCAUGUAGAUGGUUUUCUCAAGAUUAUCAACCAUCUCGAUCAGAAAAUGAGGACAGCCAAGAAAAAAAGAAGCAAACAAAUAACUCCUCAAGUGAAAGCUGGAGUCUUGAGGAGUCCUUAUCUGAAAGUGGAAGACUGCAGUCGGAAGUUUAGACCAUACUACGCACAGACUCUAAAUUUUCCAUCGAUGAGUUAUUCUGGAAAAUGUAGCCCAUUUGAACUCCUCAGAAUUCCGCAGAAGACUGAUAGAAGCAAGGAUGAAGAUCCCAGCAAGGAUCAUUUUGGGAAGAAAGAACCCACUAGCAGCUGCCAUAGGUUACAGGUGCCACUAUCAGCAAGCGCCACACCUAAAGGCCCAACUAAGAAAAGCUCAGGCUAUUGUGAGUGCUGCCACGUGCCCUUCAAGGACCAGCAUGAGCACUUGGAAUCCGAGAUGCAUCGUUCUUUCAUUCAGAAGGACAGUAACUAUGCUUUAGUGGACCAGCUAACGGCUACCAUGAAAGCUAGCUUUGUUUGUAUUCCAAAUGAAGAAGUGGAUCCAACUUUAAUGAAGUCAUCUGCAGGACUUUCACCUUUACAUUUGAGUCAUCUAACUGAGAUGGUGCAAGAUACUGUCAGUGAAAAUGGAGAAUCUUUGCAGACUCCACUGGUUCAAGAUUUUGGUCAUCUACCAUCAAUUACUGAACUAUUUACUCCAACUUUAGACAACACAGAACACUCUCCCGAGCCUAUCAAGAGCCUAUCUAGUUUAUCAACCCAUCAUCAAAACAUAACCUCACAUCUUUAUACAAUGCAAAAUAACUGUCCUGAUGCUUUUGACCAUGACAGAGCAGGUCUUUAUGUCACCUGCACCACAAAGGUCAAUGAAUUUCAGCCUGAUGCUCGAUGCAUGGAUCUGAACAUGUCUUCUAUAGAUAAGAAUCCCAAGAGCUUCUCUUUUGUCACAUCCUCAGAAGCUAAGUUAAACAUGCUCACCCUGAGCUCCAAAAUUCCAUGUACCACCUCUGGUGGAGAAUAUGAGCCAGAAACUCAGAAUCAGCGUGAAGGUGCUCAUGGCCACCUUGUAUUUCAUAUGCCAAGGAAUCUUGAAGGUGCUUGUUCUAACACAGUGUUUUCUCAAAAUCAAAAACUGGUUUGGAAUCAAGGUUUAAGUAUGUGCUUAAACAGCCCUAAAAUACUACUCCAAAGAGAGGAAGAUGGCAAUUUGCAAAGAUGUGGACAGUUUGUGUUUGAUCACAGAUUGUUACUUUCAACAAAAAGAUCACUGCAAGGGAUUGAUAGAUCUCCAGAAUUUGGCAUGUCUUACUUUCCGUUAUCCUGUUUUCUACCAUUUUCAAACUUGUCAGAUUACCCAUUCUCUAUAGGUAACGUAAAGAAACGUGACCGGUCCUUUACUCAAAGUCCAAAACCUGCCAAAAGAAGAAAAAUUUGCCACAAUGAAAGGCAAAAUCCAUCCUGGGACAGCAGUACUCCCUGUAAAAGAUCAUCUGUACCUUCCACCUUGGCAUUGGCAGUCUCCAAGGUUGAUUUUACCACAAAGAUGAAUAAUAGACCUGUAGAUGAAAUCUCCUUUGCAGAUCAAAUCCAAACAUGGCAUUGCCAGAAGAAUUAUUUUACUUCUCCCAGUACCCACUGUUUGCCUAAUAAGGUUGGCCAACAGGACAAUGCUACUAGUAAGCUUGGUGACCAUGUUGAGCAGAAGAUGUUUCCAGAAGAUCCAGUGGAAUCCAGAGUAACCACUCACUCAUCUGAAUUGGAUCUUCCUCAACUGGUUCCAUUUUACCAUGAUGAUAAUAAGCUCCAGCGCCAUCAAUAUAAUGAUCCUCCGGAACUGUUUCCGUUUUUUUUCCAGACACCAGAAGAUAACUCCCAUGCAUCAGUCAGUAAAGUCACAAACAGCUCAUUUGUGGCACACUCCGGAGCCUCUGUUUGCAUUGAAUCUGCUCUCGUUCCUAACCUCACGUGGUCCCCGGCUUCUUCAGAGUCAGAUUGGGACUCUGGCCUCUUGACAUGGCUUGCGAAUGCAGUUCCUCUUCAGGCUAAAACUGACAAUGAUGACAUGGGUCUGUUAUUACAAAAACCACACACUGACAUGCAGGAUGGGAGCUACGCAUCACGGUUGUGCUCCAUACUGCAACCAUCUUGAGUCAGGUUUUUGGGACUGGUGUUCCUCUACUCCACAAUAGGAUGAUUGCAACUGUUGAUGAAUUCAGUUUGCUCCUAUUUGUCCUCAUUUAUUCUAGUUUUUUACUUGUUACUUCUACAAUCAAAUUAAGAUUAUUACUGCCAUUUCUUGAAAAUUAAGACUUAUUAAUUGAAUUGUUGUAAAGCUUUGUGUUUUUUCAUGUAGUACAUUUAUUUAUAGAAGUUGGCCUCUGUCCGCUUCUUUGCAAACAAUGUGUAAAUAAAUUUUAAUUUUUUUGCAAACGUUUUAUUUAGUGAAGACUGCUCAAAUAUAUUUUUUUCUGGUUAAAGAAUUAGUGUAUUGGACAUUCCCUUUGCCAGUGUUAUUUUCUAGUUUGUCAAAACGAAGUAAAUAGUUUUAAUUACUGUUGGCAAGCAUCUCAUCUUCGAUUGACCUUCAUCAUAUUAUUAUUUUUUUUUUAUGUACAUUUCUUUGUUUUUUGUUUUUUUUUACUCUUUAUAUGUUGACCAUGACUUUAUAACAGCAAUAUCCGGAAACGUGCUGGUAUUGAGAAUUUAAUGAGGCUUUGCUGGAGGGGCAUUAUCCAAUUAGUUUAAGUGCUGUGUCUGGCCUAUCUCCAGUUUAGAGGCAGUGCUGAUGGAAAAACAAUGCUGUGGUGGUUUUGCAGAACUUGCAGGAUGUGAAGGCAGAAAUGUCCUAUGAUUUCUAAAGGUCUUUUGAGGUACUGUGAGAUCCCUUUUAAAAGAUUCUUUGGAUUGCAUGCAAAGGUUGUAAUUUAAUGACUUUUGUUGUUCAAGUGUCAGUUUUAAUUAUGUGAUUUCAGUCAAUGUUUUAGGGCAACUUUUGUAACAUUCCUAUUAAAAUCAUUCUGAUUGGAGUACGUCAAGCACAUGCCACUAAUGUCCAUGUACUGUGAUGGUGAAAUCAUGUGGUUGUGAAUUUUUUCGGAAGGCAAAUUUUCUUAAAAGUGCAUUGUUUUAGUAUUU